UGAGAAUGGUCUAUCAAAUCCGGUUAUCCUGAAAGUUCAUAGUCGUGCAAAAUGGCAAGUAGAGCUUGUCGAACAUGAUGGUAUAGUUUGGUUGCAAAAUGGCUGGCAAGAAUUUCAGAAAAAUAGACUAUCCAGUCAGUAUUAUCAAUGGAGAUACUGAUGUAGAUCUUGAACAAACUGAAAGUGAUGCUUCUGUUGAAAUCUUGAGUCACUUCUCACCAUAUCGGGAAACAAGAAAGAAAUCACCAUUGCUAUUCUCUCCACCUACUAAGAAGAUAAAGCUAGAGAAUUCUACAGGACAAGAAGAAAAGAAAGGAGGAAUUUUUUGUCAGAAACAGAUACUAGAUGAGGUCCUGGACAGAAUAAAACCAUUAACUGCUGAGGAAAAGGCUCAAGCACUUGAUAAAGCAACAACUAAUUUUAAAUCUAAAAAAUCCAUUCUUUAUUAUUGCAAUGCAGUAGCCAUCAUAUGUUCAUCCUGCAUAUAA